ACUCUAGUGGCUGGAGUCAGGGCAGAGCGUGAGGGGAGCCGGUACUGGCGGGCUAACUUGCAGCCCAGCGGGAGCGCCCAGCCGGGCAGAACUAGCUGGACUUUCCGGCGGGCCCCCAUCCCGAGGCUGCGGCAGCUUCGGUUCCGAGCCUGACUGGAACGGAGCUCGAGUCCCGGCCCCUGAGGGGAUCGCUCUCUGCAGACCAGUGGGACCCCGAAACUUGAACGCUAUACCUACUCCCUUUUUAUGCCUUCCUUUGUCACUUCCUCACCUUUCUCCCAGCGCGUUCUUCCCCCCCCCCCGCCUUUUCGUUCUCCCUCCGUCGAAGGACACAAAAGUGGCUGCCGAGGAAAGAUUUGGAGGCAGUAGGAGCUUUUCUCUUUGGAGAGCGACCGUGUGGAAGGGAUUUUUGGGAAGCAGCUUUUUAACACCUCAGCCCUCCUGCCCCCCAAGCCUCUCUGUACCUCUCCGAGGAGAAAAAGCGCGUAGAUUGAAAGUUCGGGGGGCAUCUUGCUGGGUGCUGUAAGACGCAAGUGGGGGAGGACCCCGUCCUCGUCCUGGUAGUUGGCUGGACUUAUACCGGCCGUUGAAAACCCCGAACGCGAUGUACAAUACGGUGUGGAGUAUGGACCGCGAUGACGCAGACUGGAGGGAGGUGAUGAUGCCCUAUUCGACAGAACUGAUAUUUUAUAUUGAAAUGGAUCCUCCAGCUCUUCCACCAAAGCCACCUAAGCCAAUGACUUCAGCUGUUACAAAUGGAAUGAAGGACAGUUCUGUUUCUCUUCAAGAUGCAGAAUGGUACUGGGGGGAUAUUUCAAGGGAGGAGGUAAAUGACAAAUUACGGGAUAUGCCAGAUGGUACGUUUUUGGUCAGAGAUGCCUCAACAAAAAUGCAGGGAGAUUAUACUUUGACGUUGCGGAAGGGAGGCAAUAAUAAGUUAAUAAAGAUCUAUCAUCGAGAUGGUAAAUACGGCUUUUCUGAUCCUCUGACAUUUAAUUCUGUGGUGGAGCUCAUUAACCACUAUCAUCAUGAAUCUCUUGCUCAGUAUAAUCCCAAACUUGAUGUGAAGCUUAUGUACCCAGUGUCCAGAUACCAACAGGAUCAAUUGGUAAAAGAAGAUAACAUUGAUGCAGUAGGUAAAAAACUCCAAGAGUACCACUCUCAGUAUCAGGAAAAGAGUAAGGAGUAUGACAGGCUAUAUGAAGAAUAUACCAGAACAUCACAGGAAAUACAGAUGAAGAGGACUGCAAUUGAAGCUUUUAAUGAAACAAUUAAAAUAUUUGAAGAGCAGUGUCACACACAAGAACAACAUAGCAAAGAAUAUAUCGAGCGAUUUCGCAGAGAGGGGAAUGAAAAGGAAAUUGAACGAAUUAUGAUGAAUUAUGACAAGUUGAAAUCACGUCUGGGUGAGAUUCAUGAUAGCAAAAUGCGUCUAGAGCAAGAUUUGAAGAAACAAGCUUUGGACAACCGAGAAAUAGAUAAAAAAAUGAACAGUAUCAAACCUGACUUAAUCCAGCUGCGCAAGAUCCGAGAUCAGCACCUUGUAUGGCUCAAUCACAAAGGAGUCAGACAGAAGCGCCUAAAUGCCUGGCUGGGAAUAAAAAAUGAGGAUGCUGAUGAGUCAUAUUUUAUCAACGAGGAAGAUGAAAACCUGCCCCAUUAUGAUGAGAAAACCUGGUUUGUUGAGGAUAUCAAUCGAGUACAAGCAGAGGAUUUGCUUUAUGGGAAACCUGAUGGUGCAUUCUUAAUUCGUGAGAGUAGCAAGAAAGGAUGUUAUGCUUGCUCUGUGGUUGCCGACGGGGAAGUGAAGCACUGUGUGAUCUACAGCACUGCUCGGGGCUACGGCUUCGCGGAGCCCUACAACCUGUACAGCUCGCUGAAGGAGCUGGUGCUCCAUUACCAGCAGACGUCCCUCGUUCAGCACAACGACUCCCUCAACGUCAGGCUUGCCUACCCUGUCCAUGCACAGAUGCCCUCGUUCUGUAGAUAAAGAGGGAGUGGGAAGAAAGGUGGCUCUCUAGCAUCUUUUUCCUACAGAUUUUAUUAGACUAUGAGGGCAUUCUUUCUACAUAGACUGCUUGUUUUGCACAAGAAGUGAUUCUGUGAAUGUGGAGAGGCCGAGAAGCAGCCGGCCAGGACGGGGGCGCAAGAGGCCUGGGCUGCUCUGAGACUCCGUUGUGCCACUGCACUGACCUAGGAAGCGGAAGCAGAUGCUGUUUUUUGGAAAGUCUGUUUCGUUGGGGUUUUUGUUUUGUUUAGCCAAGCACCCUCAGAACAUACUAGGUUUAAUGGGGGUGGGGGUUUAUAUCUGGAAAUCUCUGAAGAGUCCUUGUCCUCUUUUGGUCUUGACUCUGAGAAUGUGGCAGGGGCAUGGCUCUGUGGGGAGUUCUGUUUUGAUCUGGCGGUCUCUCUUAACUUCCUCCCAAAAAGAAGGCUGUUUUGGUUCUGUGGUAGAAUGGCAUUUGGUGAAGAAGACAACCAAAGGAAAAUGGGGAUGCUUGGGAUUUCUUUUAGAGGAUUCUUAGUCAAGGGGGUAAAAACACCUUCGACUGGAGGUACUAUAUUAACUAACAAAAGUUAGGCAUCAGCCUCUCAGUAGCUUCUUCCCCUAAAGAAUCAUUAUGUUUAGAAACCAAAUUGAUCUCAGCAGAACAAUGUUUGUGGCCAGACUAAGGUAUGAUGGAAGAAGACAGCAGUAGUAUCUGAAUGCACACUUCUGUACCAAAACUUGAAAGGAAAACUAGAAUUUGUUAAUUUUAGCAAACACUAAAAUUGGUCAGUGCAACUCCUUCUGCCCCACCCUUGUUUCUCAGAGAUGAGGAAUAGUGUUCUUUUUGUGGGAAUGGUGAGCUUUGAAUCAUAAAAUGAAGUUGGUGCUUGUGUGGUGUUUCCUUAGCCUAAAAGAAUGAUCUAUUGUUUGAAACCUUUGUAACUUGUUUGUAUGAGUAAAGAAAAGGUGCAAUCCAGUGCUUUUAGAUGGCUUGAUAUACCAAAUAAUGAUAUAGAACAACAGUCUUACAUGUGCUUCCCCAAGUUUAAAGGCCCUGCAUAAACAGUAAACGUGGUUUAAUUUCCCUUCAUCUCCCUGUCCUUCGCUGGGUAGGGGAGCCAUAGGUGGCUAAGGUUGUAGCAGGAAGGGAGCCAGAUUGUUGUCAGGGGCCUCAGUAAUUCAGACCCAGAGGCUGGGAUCAUCUACAUCACCCAUGUGCUUCCGUACAGUGGUUUCUGAAACUUUUGCAAGGAGAGGAAAUAAUGGCUUGGAGUUUAGACUGUUAGUAAAAGACAUCUGGAAGUUUUUCUCUUUGCCUUUUUGUGAGCCUGCCAUUAAGAUGAUGUGCACAGACUGUCUUCAUGCUCCAGUGGCCCUGAUUUUAGGCCAGGAAUCUUCUGCUCCAUGUGGUUUAAGCCUUCCAGCUGAGUGAAGCUAGCAAGUGGAGUUGGAGGCAGGCAUCUACUCCUGCCUCCAUUAUGCCCCACCUCCAUCAGUCCACACUCAUUCGACAAAUAGAGUCCAGCUGCCUCUGAGCCAAUCCUGGAACCAUAAUAGGUUCAGAGUGAGUCAGCUGUUUGAGGCCAAAGCUGUGCAGUCAGGCAUCCUAGCUGAGCUAGAGAAGCAGCCAAUAUCCGGGUCUUGGUACAUAAGGCUUACAGCUAGGAAAGUUCUAGUUUAUGGGAUAAAAGAAAUACUGUUUUCCCUGAGCACUUAUCUUGGUGACAGGGUCUAGAAUGGACCAUAAUGUAACAAUAUCUUACAUUUUUUGGAAAAGCCUCAAGUUGCUAACAAUGAGGAUAGGAGGGAAAGGACAUAUCUUUGGCUUUUAUUUGGUUACAUUUCAGUUUCAGGAUUAGGUGAGGCAGACGAAUGAACUCUUAAUGAUGGCCAACUGCACAUCCAUGUUGCCAGAUUGAAAUCUUGCUGCAAGUUUUACUGAGUAAUACCAGCGUAGUUGCUACUAGGCACAGCUGGAUGGCCUUGUACCUGGUUUUGAACCUGCUUAAGCAGUUGGAUGCUCAAGAUUGGGUGCAAGAAAUCCUUCUUUUUUGGUACUAAAAUUUAGUGUGUUCCGAGUGUCUCUUCUAAAAUAAAACAGGAAUAAGAAUACAUGCCUGUGACAUUGAACCAUGUGUUGCUCCUUUUCAGGCAGACAUUAAGGGUGUUUACGGAGGAGAGCUAGCACCGUCUAAUAUCUGCACUUCUAAUAAGGGCUGGCUUGUGGAGAAGGACUCUUCUUUUUUAGUCCUACAUUCCUUCACUUCUUUUUCCGUUUUUUUCUUCUUGAAUUUGUUGUUUUGUGGAACUAAGGCCUAGGGAUCAUUUGAAAAGUUGGAAAAUAUAUUUUCUGACUGAUUGCCACGUGAUUUGCUUGAUCCUGAGCCAGUGGAAAUGGCAUAGGGGACCGGUCUACUAGCCACUUGGAGGGGUAGUAUGCAGCUCUUUUACUCCAUGGUCUUGGCAGCCUUCAUCUGAGUGUAGUUCUGUGUCCUGUCCCAUGAUUUGGGCCCUGGGACUCUUCUCCCUCAGCAUCUUAACUGUAACCUCAGUGAAGCAGGGAUUAAAGAGAUAGACAAAGACCAGAGGGGCUCGUUUUUCUGGCUAGAGAAGCCAGCCACCAGCAUGGAAGCAGCUUGAGGCUCACUGAACACAGGUCCUAGGCCCAUCUUUUCCAGGUAGAGAUUUCGUCACAGAAAAGUGCUCUCUGGCUCUUCCUGAUCAUAGAUGUUAAAUCUUGGCUAUGGCUCAGGACUGUAUAGGCUAGCUGUGUCCUUACCACUGAUUUGUCCAAGGUUGAGGACUUCCUAAUACCACCCUUAGUCUCUCUUCAAGCCUUGUUGGGACUUCCCACUUUGGACCUCAUGUGCUCUAAAGGCAUUGAUAGCCAAAUGUGCUGUCUUCCAUAGGUCUCCUCUUCUUGCUGCAAGGAACCAGCCCAUGGGUCCUCUUGGGCCAAGAAUUGCACCUGGACGAUUCUUGGUUCUCAAGGUGAUCUCUGUUGCCAGUUAAGAUUCCAGAGUAGGCCUCUGUAAGGCUGCUGUGGCUUUAAAGCAGAGGGUGCAGUUGAGGGCCUGGCUGGGCUCUCUACUGCCAACUGCUCAUCCUUGCUCUAGGUCUAGCCACUUGUGACAGACAACCUUGUUUCCUUACAAAUUCCAGCAUGUGACUUUGGUGCCCUGUUGUUACUUGUGAAAAACCUAUUCUGUCGUCUUUGAUGUAGUCAAAAAAGAAAAAAAAAACAAAAACAAAAACAAAAAAAAGCC